AUUGAACCACGCAUGAAGAAAAUGUGUCUCCACAGUGAGUGCUGUUAAUAGUCGCUGAGGCAAUGUACCUACGUCUGUUUUACUUCAUGGAGGUAAAUCAAUACCCUAUCUCAUGGAUAAUGACUUCACCGUUUGUAAUUAAAUGGGUCCUUCAGCAAAACGGGAAGUACGCUCAAACAGUGUCAAUAAAUUAUGACUGUUUACUGCUAUGAUGCACGGUGCGUACUUAAGCUACACAGCGCAGCAAUCUCCAUGCGGCAUUACCAGGGAUGGCAAACAACAUCAUCAGUCGAUUACUCAUCGCCAUGGUGACUUAAUUAAUUCGUAAUUAAUUCCGCGUCGUACCGCAGAUUUUAUUCAUUCACCAGCCGACUUAUGCCGAUGUAAAGCGCUCAACGCGCCACUGAUGGACCAAUCAACAGUCGAUGCAUCAGGUGGAAUCGUUGCACAUUACAUCGUAGAGGUACGACCAUAUAGGCACACUGUUUCGUAGCCCAUGGUAGGACGUACCAUUGUCUCACAUUCAUUCAUAUGUGCCUUUGCCAGUUGCAGUCGCCUGUGGACAUCAUCUGUUUGAAGAGCCAACAGUUUGCACUGACGACGCCAGAUACAUCUGUCGUCUACGCAUAUCAGAGCAUGUGAUACUGCAUCGUUGCUUUGGUACAUGGUUUGAGCCUGAGUCUGCGAACAGCUUAUCUACGGCUAGAAUAUGGAUGCCAACGAGUCUGCAUUUGGGUGCGUGGCCAACGCCGACAUCCCUUACGUGGAGACAGCCAUCUGGAUACAUGCUUAUGUCUUCGCCAGCCUCUUCAUCCUUCUCGUGGUAGUAUCAUCUUUCACAUCUUUCAGGAUGUUCCGCGAAAAGCGCAACGUAAAAUUCCUAUUGACUGUCGAAAUUCUCAUGAUUAUCUUCGGACUUAUGAGGGCGCUAUUCCUCCUUGCCGAUCCCUACCGCGUCCGCGAGGUGUUACCUGCGCUUUUUGUGCAGUUUCUGGAGGAUCUGGCCGUGCCGUGUCUCACGUCCGCAUUCGUGUUAGUGCAGACAACAUUCUGGCAACUUACUAAAAUCAGGCGGCUUGAGUUUCAGCGGUUACCGGUACUAAUUGGUACAAUCGCGGCUCAUUUUGUGCUUAUAGCCGUCAUUGACAUUCUUGUAGUCUUCGUGGCCGGAACGUGUAUGCUGCUCCUUGUGUGUCAGGCUUUGACCACCCUCUGGGGAUUUGCUCUGUCGCUUGGUUUCUUCUGGACCGUGAGGAGUUUGCACAUCAUUGAAAGAGGACAUAGGAGUACGCUGCGUACCGCGGCCGCUGGUAAUUUUCACCUCCAGAAGGCGUCACAGGACCAGUCUCGUACGUCACCGAAUAACUUGCCUGUGACUCUGGAGGGCGGUGUUAGUGGCGUCAGUCACUCCACGGAUGUCCCAGCUAGAAUUCAGAGUAUAUCUGUUGAGAUCAACGAAAAUGAUAACAAGCAACAAUCUGAGAAUGUCUCCAAUAGGACAGAUUCUAGCCAGCCUAAUGACAGAAAAACCGAGUUAGCGUCUAAUGACGUCGUACCUCCCAGGUCAUCACCAAGACGAAUGAGGACCUUUGGAAGGAGACCCAAUCCACUUCGUAAGGUCAUGAUCGUAGGUGUGAUGACGUCAUGCAUUGGAUUCCUCUGCUUUCUCCUCGGUAUCUACGGAAUGAUUGUUUUUAACAAUCCUCUGCAACCCGUGGAGGAUGUGAUGGGCUGGUUCGUCUACCAAACCCUUCAAAGAUCGGUGGAGUUUGGCUUUGGAAUAACGCUGUCAUAUCUGGCUUGGCAACGGAACACACCGACUAGUAAUAGAUGAGCUUACGCUGCAUCGGUGCCUCGUCAUGAGCAAGACAUAUGGAGGUCCCCCAUGAGAGUUGGGGAGACCUUGACUGGUUCCCGUUCCAUCCAGUAUCCACAUUUAUGGUGGGCGGGGACUAGUCUAGGGGAGACCAUCAAAAUGAUACAUUCGAACACAUAAAUCGCCGAAGCGCGACGACGCCUGACGCUCAUUAAGCGAACACGUGCCAUGGCCUAGCUUAAUAAAUAAGUUGUGCGUACCUCAGAUCACAAAAAAGGUCAGUGUUCUUUCAGCACUUUUUGUGAUCCGUGGACAGAACGAAAACGGUGGUUUUGUUUAAAACUCUGUAACUUGAAAAGUACAUGAGUGAUUUUAAU